UGUUUGACCGUUAAAUUAGACGAUCAAAUGCGUUGAGUAACGGUCAAUGUGCCACGUUACUGCCAAGACAACAAUUUCACUUAAAUUUUUUCAUAAUUUCCACUAUUAUCUUUUUUUACAUUUUGAACCCAAAAAAAAGUAAACACAAAAAUUAAUCAAAAUAAAAAAUAAACCCUUCAUCUCCUCUCUGAUCCUUUCACUCCCCGCUGCCGUCUGUUCUCCAAAAAUCAUCUUCUGCUUAUCCUUCUUCCAUCACAAUCAACUGUAAAUGCCCCAAGUGUAAAGUCCAAUCCAUCUCCCCCGUCACCGCCCCGGAGAACCUGGGUGAUUAUCCCCAAAAUUCCCAAAUCGUAAAUCAAAUAAAAUCCUAAGUCCAAACCUUUACUCGUCAUCAUCAUCGCCAAACGGACGGAAUUGAAAAGAUUGGGUAAUGGUCAGCUUCCCUCCAUCCAUGGCGGCGAGUGCGAAAAUGGUGGUACCAAGGUCGAUUUCCACAACUUUUCGCUCACCGCCCUUAGUGGAUCGUAGCUCCUCUGCCCUCUUUCGGUUGCUCCCGCUGUCGUCGUCGAACCCUAGGGGAGGAAGGAAUCAGGCUCACCGACAAACCAGCAACAGCAAGAGGCCCGCCGCCGGGCUCCAGAAGAGGCGAUCGAGCGGGAGUGCGAGCGAAUGAGCUGGAGUGAGGGAUAACAUAGAAGGAUUCAUUAUCGGCGCCGCCGUGAAGUUUCUUCAAUCCCUCCUGAGAUUAGCGGAUAUGGAGAUUUCCAAAUUUGUAUGACAACCGAUUAAAGGUAAACCCUUCAUCUCCUCUCUGAUCCCGAUCAACCGAUUGACGACCUCUCUCUCGUUCAAAUUCACCGGAUCUAGGGUUUCUAGUUCUCGAAUCGUCGUCGAGUUCCUGGAUCCAAUGGCAACGGAGUCGUCGGAGGGGGAAGAUGAAGGGAAAAUUACGGGAGGAAGCCAUCAUCUAGUUAUGGUGGACGACCUAAGAGAGCUGGUGAACAUUCAAUUCCAUUUGGAGAGGAGACAACAACAGGGAGUGAAAGGGGAUCAGAGAGGAUGGAAGGGUUUAAUUUUUUUUUUUUGUUCAAAAUGUAAAAGAAAAAUGAUAAUAGGUGAAAAUUAUAAAAAAAUUUGAAAUUGAAU